CGGUGCCCGGCUCCCCCCGUGGCCUCUCGCUUUGCGAUGAAACUGGUAGCGAACCAGUGGCAGCGAUGAGGUCAUGGAGGCCUGGGGAGGAGGGAGGCCUACCGGCCUAACCUUUUUCCCACCAACUCAGCCAGCCAGGCCCUCUAGAAGACCUCCUCCCCCCGAUCCAGUCAAGUGCCUAUAAAAUCCAGGCCCCCCUCCACCCACCCUUGGCUCGCAGCACCGCAGCAGCAGCAGCAGCAACCUCCACUGCCGCAAGGCCACCGCACCGAGGGAGGGGAGCGGAAGAAAGCGGCGGCAAAAGUAUCCUCGGGAAAGCAGCAAGCAACAUCGCCGGUUUGGUCCUGGUUCGUCGGCCGCCAUGGGGAGGUCGCCGUGCUGCGAGAAGGCGCACACCAACAAGGGCGCGUGGACCAAGGAAGAGGACGACCGACUCGUCGCGUACAUCAAGGCGCACGGCGAGGGUUGCUGGCGCUCGCUGCCCAAGGCCGCCGGCCUGCUCCGCUGCGGCAAGAGCUGCCGCCUCCGGUGGAUCAACUACCUCCGGCCCGACCUCAAGCGCGGCAACUUCACGGAGGAGGAGGACGAGCUCAUCAUCAAGCUCCACAGCCUCCUCGGCAACAAAUGGUCCCUGAUCGCCGGGAGGCUGCCGGGAAGGACGGACAACGAGAUCAAGAACUACUGGAACACGCACAUCCGGAGGAAGCUGCUAAGCCGGGGGAUCGACCCGGUGACCCACCGGCCGAUCAACGAGCACGCGUCCAACAUAACCAUAUCGUUCGAGGCGGCGGCCGCCGCCGCGGCGCGUGACGAGAAGGGCGCCGUGUUCCGGCUGGAGGAGCCGAAGGCGGCGGCGGCGGCGAUCGGCCGCGACCAGAACCCCGCCGACUGGGGCCACGGGAAGCCGCUCAAGUGCCCGGACCUGAACCUGGACCUCUGCAUCAGCCCGCCGUGCCAGGAGGAGCCCCUGAAGCCGGUGAAGCGGGAGGCCGGGCUCUGCUUCAGCUGCAGCCUGGGGCUCCCCAAGAGCGCGGAGUGCAAGUGCAGCAGCUUCCUGGGGCUCCGGACCGCCAUGCUCGACUUCAGAAGCCUCGAGAUGAAAUGAGCCUCUGUUCCUCCCUCUAGUCUCUCCCGUUUUGCCACUCCUGGAUAUUCGGUUAGCUCUCUCGUAGGUGAAAAUAGUGGCGAGUGAAAAGAGAAAAGAGAGAUAAGAAGAAGAAAAAAAGUGAGGAUUUGUGCCCUGGAUCUUCCCUGCUCUCUCUCUCUCUCUCUCUCUCUCUCUCUCUCUCUCGUUGCUCCGUUUUGCGUCUCUGUAAUUACCAUCACCCCAACUGAUGAUCAUGGGCAAUAAUAUCUGCUGCUAGGCCUAGGGGCUCUGUAACUUGGCAA